AAUUCUAUUAUUCUAGAAGGGAAGGCGGUGAAAGCAAGGUCAGAUACCCACGGGAAGUCCUCGCUUCACAUAUCUUAUUGGCAUACCUCUGCAAGCGCACACACAAUCGCACACGCACACAGUAAACGUAUGCCCCCCCCCAAAAAAAAAAAUCCCCGCGCCUGGGUUUGCCCCCAGCCCCGUUCAGCCUUGAGACCCUCCCCUCGCCCCCGAGGGCGGAGGUGUGGCUGGUGCUGGUGCUGGCAGGGGAGCGCGCUGCUUUUGGUGCCUCCUCCGCUUCUCGCGAAGCCUUCGCUGGCGCCCCUUAGAACACUCCCCGUUUCUCUCCCUCCCCUCCCUUGGCUAUAUCUACUGCGGCCAGCAGAUCCCGCUUCCAGCCUCGCAGGAGUCGUCCAGUGCCCAGCUGAGCCCGCCGGCUGCCUUCCGAAAAUAGGGUUCCAUAUUAGAGUGAAGAGCCUACAGAAAGCAAGAAACAGGGAAAGAGACAGAAUCGUCCCUCAGCUCUUGUAGUCUAUCACUCUGGGCACCAUGAAGGCUCUCCUAGGACUCCUCCUGCUCUCAGUGCUUCUGACUUCAGGUUACUCUUUGGAGUGUGAAACGUGUAUGGCUCAAGCGGAGACCUGCAGUGGGAAGAAACAGACCUGCUCUUCUGGCCAAGAUGCAUGCCUCAGUGCUGUGACUGAGAUCUCAGUAGGUGUGGCAAAAGUGACCAGUGCCUUCAAGUCCUGCUUUGCAAAGGCGAGCUGUAAGGACUUAAAAAUUGGGAGCUCAGCGAGCUUCGGAGGAGCAGAGAGCAUCAUUAAAAAAGUCGAAUGCAGCAGAGCCCCCGUGUCGUCUGGCUCCUUCUUCCUGGCUCUCUCUAGCCUUCUGUUUUUGAAGCUGCUCUUGUAGAAAGGUCGGUCUGCCAGCGACCCAGCCCUGAAAAAUGCUUCCUCCUCUCUUCUAUGCAACCUUCCUUAGUACCUCCAAGUCCCCUGUGGCCUCUGUGGUGAACAUAGAGUUUUCCUUCCAAAUGGCUAGAGCAUCCGGGAAAACCAUAGAGUUUUCCCGGACCAUCCUAGAGUGGCCAGUGCAUGACAUUGCCGAUGCGAUCACUUCCGAGUGAUGUCAUUGUGCCGGCGACGUCGGGGGAGGAUUCUCCAGGAGAAUCCCUGCCAAGCCCGGGAACUUGGCAGCCCUACCCCCAGGGCUUUUUUGUAGCAGGAGCUCCUCUGCAUAUUAGGCCACACACCCCUGCUGUAGCCAAUCCCCCAAGGGCUUAUAGGGCGUACUGUAAGCUCUUGGAGGAUUGGCUACAUCAAGUGGUUGGGGCCUAAUAUGCAAAGGGCUCCUGCUCCAAAACAAGCCCUGAGUACCUCGUUAUCCAAUGCUCCACAGCGAUUUGUGUCUUCUUUAAUCCCCUCCCCUUACUUUUUAUAUGCAAAUUGUAUAACACAAAGCUCUCUUCUGUAUGCACAGUAUAAGGUCAAUUCAACACAGUCUCAAGUUAAAUAGAGGUUUACAUUAAAAAAAAACAAUGGAAAGAAAGAAAACAAGAAGCAUAAAACCUUAAAUAUGGAAGUAUAAAAACAAUUGUAACCAUGAAUGUCAACAUUAUAUCUGUUUCCAGAGAUCAAUAAACAGUAUGGAAAAUUCCA